CAUUCAAGCUUGACUUCUGCUUCUCCUCCUUUUUGUCCUUCGGGAUCUUCAUACAAAGACAUUACUUUAAGUAAAAAAAGGAAAUGUAUGGUGCAAGCACAAGCAAGAAUCUUCGCACUCCUGUCAAACAGUGCAUUGGUGCGGGGGGGGAAUAUUGCUGACUCUGUUACAAUUGACAAGCUUUAUAUUGAUGAUACCGUCACUCCUCCGACAGCAGGGAAGCCUUCGAGCAAUAUGAAAAUGCCACCUUCUGUGGUCAAUUCUAUUACAUCUUUGAAAUCUACCGCUCAUGGAAGGAUCGUAGCUAUGUCAGGCCAGAUGAAUUGUCAGGGAGCUCCGCAGCACAACCAAAUCAACAGAACCUCUCCCACUCCACCGCUCCACUGUCUUCAGCGAAUCCCUGCUCAAAACCGUAGUCAGCCUCCUGCUCAACAGGAAACCCAAUGUCCUGGUAGAUUCUCAAGCCUCUUCUCCACCAAAAAUUCAGGGAAACAGAAGAUGAUCUUUUCUAUGUGGUGGGACACAGGUUAUGGGAGCCACAAGGAACGUGGGUGUUGGGCAUGGUGAUCAGAGCUUCCCUGGAACAACCUUCUUUUUACCCAGUUAUGCAAUUUGGUGGUCAGCAUCUUGGUGGUCUUGGAGUUCCUGCGGUUGCCAUGGCGUUUCCCGGAUAUGUUGCUCAGCCGAGAUGACAUGGUUAGCAGUUCUGACUGGUGCUGCGGGAGCUUCAGGGGCUGCAUCCUCUUCACCUCAUAUUUCAGUUGAUGGAGGGUGCAACAUUGGGGACCUAAUUGAUAAAUUAUUUUAUUUUGAGACUCGAUUGGAAAUAGCUAUAUAGGCUAUGGACUAAAUUGAAGAUUCCUGUACAUUCUAAGCAGCAAAUGCAUAGCCUUUUCUAACCUUAGCAGUGUGAUCUGCCUGUGUUUUUUCUCCCAUUUAGAACACCUUUUAUAUGAGAAUUGAAAUCUGUGAGCACUUUGGCCAUUCCUACA